CCAAUCUCAUUAGUUGCCUUGUAUUCUGAUUUUCAAACCCUAAACAGAGCAGCUACGUAAUAAAUCCAUCACCACAGCUCAGAGACCUUCCAAUCAACCCAAAACCCAUUUCAGCUGUCCAAUUUUUCUUCCAUCAUAUCAAGUUAAUUUCAACCCAAAUGGCGUUGGCCUACAACAUUAAUGUGCCAAUCCUUAUGUCUAAACCAUCAAACAGUAUGAAAAUCAAGUCCAUAUCAAACGCCAAUCAGAUAAAGCCACAAACAGCUCAAAUUGUUGCGGAGAAGAGAUGCUUGAGGUGUAAUGCUUUGUACCAAGACAGAGAUAACUCACCAACUGCUUGCUCUUUCCAUGGCCACACAACUGGAGAAAAGGGAUUAUUGGCAUUGGCGCCACCUCAUCAAGGGAUUGAUGGAGAGUGGAGUGACCGAUCUGGGGUGAUUGUUUACAAAUGGAAUGACAAGACUAAUAGACCAAACACCGGAAGUGCCAACUGGAAAAAGAGAUGGAGCUGUUGUGCUGAGCACGGUGAGAAUGCCCUGCCUUGUCGAAGAGGAUGGCAUGUCUCAUACAAUGAUGGGCAUACAAUGUUUUAGCUAUAUUUGGAAUCAGGUAUAUAUAUCGCCCUAUCAUUGAGCUGUUCAAGAGACGGAGCUCUGCAAGUACUACAUGGAUGGCCCUCAGCCCCUCACCAACUCUCUGUCAUAGCACUACACCGAUCAAGUAAAGAAAACCAGGCUAUCUUUACUGGUUCAUAUUCUCUUGCUUGCACAAUUGCUGAUAAAAUUGUUCAGUUCAUGGAUCAGCAUUCUCCCCUUGCAAAAAUAUUGUUGCAUCUCUUAGCAAGGGAAAAAAAAUUGAACAAGUUGUUUUUUCGCUUUGUGUAAUCGAUUUUUGGUGUUAUCAAGUCUAUAUUUGUUUUGCUUUGGUGCUUGCUUUAA